AUGUUGAAAAUUUUAAUAAUUCUCGCUGUUGCGAGCGCAAUAAAUGGUGAGGAGGAAGUCAUGAAGAAUCUAACUACAGUUACUUGGGCGCAUGCCGUAAACAACAAAACAUAUCUUGAAGCUGCUUUGGCAACCGAUGUUUCAAUGCUGGAAGCAGACAUCGUGUUAGGUCACGUGAAGGGCAAAGAUGGUCCUCCGAUUCCGAUAAUGGCGCAUCCCCCAGCGACAACAUCAGAUCUUACAUUAGCAGACUUCCUUACUGCCGUAUCCCAGUACAAUAAUCUGAACUCAAAGCAAAAAGGGGUAAAAUUGGACUUUAAGACAAUCGAGGCGUUCGAAAAAUCCCAGGAUCAGAUUGCCCCAUUCGCAAAACCAGAUGUAUCAUUCCCACUGUGGCUGAACGCUGACAUCCUCGCGGGUCCGAUAGACGCGGAGACCAAGCCAGUAGACCCCGAAAAAUUCCUUACCAUGGGAUCAAAGCAUAAGCGAGCUGUUCUCUCUGUGGGCUGGACUACGCAUUAUGGUGGAAAUAAUACUGAAGGGGAAUACAGUCGUGACCAGAUUGGUUCAAUGAUACGGCUCCUCAAUGAGAAUCAUGUUAAUCAGACUGUUACGUUUCCGGUCCGCGCCGGUUUAGCAUCGAACAGCCAACCUGUCAUCCUGGAUCUCCUUCGUGAGACCGCCUACCUGAACUCGUCAAUCACUGUGUGGUCCAGCGAGGGUGAUUCUGUGGAGGUGGAUCGUCUUCGUGCUUUGCUCCUCACCGUGGGACUGGAGAGGACCUACCUGGAUGUUCCACAGGAGCUCUCAGCCAGGUUGCGUCUUCCAUCUCCCGAUACUAAAACAAAGAAUUAA